AUGGAGGUGGUGGUGGUGGUGUUGGAGGAGGAGGCAGAGGAGAUGGAGGGUGGAGGAGGAGAUAGCGAGAGAGGGGGAGCUAGAGGUGGAGAUAGAGGGGAUGGAGGAGGAGGAGGAGGUCUUGUUCUUGGUGUUGGUGGGGGUGGUAGGGUAGGUGCGGUGCUAGCUGUGGGUGCCCACCCAUCGAAAGGAUUCUCAGAUCAAAGCGAAAUAGGUAUCAGUGCAGCAGUUGUAGGUACAGGUGUUAGUGCAAUAGCAAAAGAUUACGCUGGUUAUCACAGAGCGGAAUACAGAGAUAGAGCAUUAGGAUCUGGCAGAGGCCCUUACUGA